CGGAGCCGCGUUGCGGGCCGUGCUCCGAUUGGCGCUCAGCGGCCGUUGGUCACCGCGCGGCCGGCUCCGCCCUGGUGCCCCUUUGGCCGCCGCGGCAGCCGCCGGGUCAGAUGCAGCCGCUCGGCGGGGCGAACUCGGCGCCGCUUCCCUAAGCUGUUGGCGACUGGCUUCCGCCGGCCGCGCGUCUCCUUCCGAGUGCUGCGCGGGAGGCAGCAGGCACCGCUGAGCCGGCAGCCGCCGCCAAGCCGUUACUCAGCACAACCGACGUCGCCGCGCCCGGCGCUCGGACGGCGGUGGUCGGGAGCGCGCGGGGUCACCGCUGCCCAGCGAAGGGGAGCCGGGAGCCCCGCGCAGACUAGAAGAUGAAUAAUCUUUCCUUCAGUGAACUGUGUUGCCUGUUUUGUUGUCCACCAUGCCCAGGGAAAAUUGCUUCCAAACUGGCAUUCUUACCUCCUGAUCCCACAUACACUCUGAUGUGUGACGAAAGUGGUAGCCGCUGGACUUUGCAUCUCUCAGAGAGAGCAGACUGGCAGUAUUCAUCAAGAGAAAAAGAUGCUAUUGAGUGCUUCAUGACUAGAACAAGUAAAGGUAACAGGAUUGCCUGUAUGUUUGUGCGUUGCUCACCUAACGCCAAAUAUACUUUGCUCUUCUCGCAUGGAAAUGCUGUUGACCUAGGUCAGAUGAGCAGCUUUUACAUAGGACUGGGUUCACGGAUUAAUUGCAACAUAUUCUCAUAUGAUUAUUCUGGAUAUGGUGCAAGCUCUGGCAAGCCAACAGAAAAGAAUCUGUAUGCUGACAUUGAUGCUGCUUGGGUGGCUCUUAGGACAAGGUACGGAAUCCGCCCUGAAAAUGUGAUUAUAUAUGGCCAAAGUAUAGGAACAGUACCAUCUGUGGAUCUUGCUGCUAGGUAUGAAAGUGCUGCUGUAAUCCUACAUUCUCCACUGACCUCAGGAAUGCGAGUAGCUUUUCCUGAUACAAAGAAGACCUAUUGCUUUGAUGCAUUCCCAAACAUUGACAAAAUUUCUAAGAUAACAUCUCCUGUGUUAAUUAUCCAUGGGACUGAAGAUGAAGUAAUUGACUUUUCACAUGGCCUAGCCUUAUUUGAACGUUGCCAGAGACCUGUAGAGCCACUGUGGGUAGAAGGAGCAGGCCAUAAUGAUGUGGAGCUCUAUGGACAAUAUCUUGAAAGAUUAAAACGGUUUGUGUCGCAGGAACUGGUGAAUUUGUAAUUUCCUUUGUAUAUUUACGUGCUUCUUCAUUUCACUGCAGAACUGCACACCCUGACAAGUACGUAACAUAAAACCUGAAGGUUGUGUUUUCAAAUCAGGUUGGUUGCCUUCAUUAGAUGUACAGGUAAUGAUUUGUCAACAUAAUUAGUGAAGGUUUUGAUGCCAGUAUUGUUAACUGGAAUUGCAUCAUCAGUCAAGGUUGGCAAUUUGUAUUACUCUGUGAGAUUUUUCUUUACAGAUUUAAGAAAAAAACACAAGUACUGUAUGAAAUUUUAAUUAUAUAAAAUCAAAUGCUGUAAAAGUGUUGCCAAAUGCUCUAGCAUAUUAAAAGCAAGUUUAUAAAUAUUUUUUAAACAGCUCAAAAUGUACUGUGACUUACUCUGUUUCUCAGAUGUAAAUUUAAAACCAGACUUUUAAGCAGUUGUCCUGUAAAAAUGCAAUAGCCAUGCAAUUUGAGCAAUUAUUCAUGUAUGUAGUAAGAAUGAAGCAUCACUGGAAAUGACCUGUGCCCUGUUAUAGAGGGAGGGGAUCAAAUUAGGUCUUUCCAUAUCUUUUUAUAUCUUCUGUGCUUAGUUUUACUUCAGUUGUUCUGUUUUGUCCUUGUGCUGUUUUAUAACUUGAAAGGGACAAAUUUACUCGUGCAUCUUCCUAGCUGCCCUAAUCUUGCCAAAAUAAUGUCAAAAUUGUCAUUGUUACAACUUAAAGAUCAUUACAUGAUUGCUACUGAGGCCACUAAGUACUAUUUUGAAACAAAUUGAACAUUUAAAACCUAGAAAGCUUUGUGGACAAUGUAGUUUCAAACCCUGAUUGUAUAGAGAUGCAGUGUUUCAGUAGGAAGAACCUGGAAGUUUAUUUAACUUUGUAAUAAAAUUUGAAAGUUGCAGUUUGUUCAGACUUACUUUUGGAUGUUUAGUGUAAAAGUUCCUUGGUUUUUAGUAUUGUAUGGAAAUUUUACUUAUUGCUCUCUCCUAGACAAGAGUGGGAGGAGGGGCAAGAAUGUUGACAUUUUCUUGGUAAGUCAUACUAAAAUAAACUUUGUAAGUUGCCUUUCCUUGAAUGCAUUUUGCUUGAAUAAAAAAUAACUAUGUAGCCUAUUUGUAAAAUGGGUAAUCUGAAAAUACGCACUGUGCUUCUAAUUUCAAGGCCUUAUGUAGUUUAAUUGUUCUGCUUGUUUUGUGACUCAGACUAUUGUAUAAUUAAAUGUAGCAUCACAUUGUGAAAA